UUGAGAAAAUACCGAACUAUUCCAUGGAAUCAUACGAACAGCUAACAGAAAGUCAUUCUAUUGGCUUCCUUUAGCUGAAUCCGUUUGCCUACGGAAAUCAAAUAUUACGGGGAAAUUCAAGAAUAUGAAAUUAAAAACGAAACUACAGAGGAAUACACUGCGGCUACAAGACACCACUUUCGGCGUAUGUUUUUAUUUACACAAUACCACCUAAACACAGAGACUGAUAAAUACUUCCUCUUCUACUUCCUAGCUCGUGAGUGGGAAUUACAGUCCGUAGGCGCUUCAGUGCGGGCUAGAGUUGACAGCAGUCGGACGCAAGAAUGGAGUAGCGCAUUCGGACCUGAUCCUACCCUACGUUAUUUAUUACAAAGACUCAGUACCCAGCAGAAGCUAGAAUAUCAAAAUGGAUUACAAAUAUGCCAAUGCUGGAAUAGAACUCCUGCUGGCUCACAUGAACAUAGAGAAUAUCAUUGACGCUGUUGAGAAUCUCUAUCACACCGAGGAGGAAGAGGCUGGGGCGUCGUGUGAGGAGGGUCUCUCUCAGGAGGAGAUGGACGAGAACGAGGAGACUGUGGAUGAUUCAGGGGACGAAGUGACAGCGGUGACAGGAGGGACCCAGGGGACACAGCAGGGGAAUGGUGGUGGUAGGGUCAGGUACGGGACGGUGUCGGACUUGCUCUCUUUCGUCAACCUGAUCUCUAACAUGCAGCCAGAAGCACUGCAGCGCCAGCCUGAGGAGAUGGGUGUGUUACUGAACAAGAAACACAUGGUGCUGAAGAAGGGUCGCUAUCGCAUCGAUUUGGAUGUGCUUCUUUUUCCAUGGAUGUGGACCUACAAGACUCCAGGCUCCGGCGGCCAUGUUCCAAAGGGCUCAUUUGGAAAAGUCCACUUGGCCCAGGAUACCGUUACCAGGAAGAGAAUGGCAUGCAAACUGAUCCCCAUGGAGCAUUUCAAACCAGCCGAUGUGGAGAUCCAGGCCCGGUUCCAUCACGAGAACAUUGCAGAGCUCUACGGCGCUCUCCUCUGGGACCAGAACAUCCAUCUGUUCAUGGAGGCCGGCGAGGGAGGCUCGGUUCUGGAGAAACUAGACAGCUGUGGACCCAUGAGGGAGUUUGAGAUCAUCUGGGUCACCAAGCAGGUCCUCAGGGGCCUGGAGUAUCUGCACUCUCACAAUGUCAUCCACCACGACAUCAAACCCAGCAACAUCGUUCUGAUGUCAGACAAAGCGGUGCUGGUGGACUUUGGCCUGACGGUACAGAUGACAGGGGAGGUGUACACCCCUAGGGACCUGCGCGGCACAGAGAUGUAUAUGAGCCCGGAGGUGGUUCUGUGUCGAGGACACAACACCAAGACGGAUAUCUACAGUCUGGGCACCACCAUCAUCCACAUGCAGACUGGCAGCCCACCCUGGGUCAGGAGAUACCCACGCACCUCUUACCCAUCCUACCUCUACAUAAUCCACAAGCAGGCCCCUCCCCUGGAGGACAUAGCAGAGGACUGCAGCGGUGCCAUGAGGUCCUUCCUGGAGCGAGCCCUGGAGAGGAACCCUGCCCAGCGCAGCUCUGCAGCCAAGCUCCUGAGGGACGAGGCCAUCAACCCUCCCAGGGAGGAACAACCACGCUGCUGGAGCCUGGACUCAGCCCUGGUGGAGGCCUCCCACCCACUGAGGCAGCACAGCCAGCAGCCUGACACCACACAGGAAUCUUCUCUGUACUCUGAGCCUGAGGACUCUGCCCACCUGAGGAGGAAGGGAUCGCUGUACAUCGACCUGGGGGCAAUGGCUGGGUACUAUAAUCUAGUGAGAGGUCCCCCUGCCACAGAAUAUGGCUAACCCUGAGCCUAACCCAAAGACACCUUUAGUAGGACUUCUGAAGGAAAUUGGUCUGGUAAAGCUAUAAAUGUAACUUUAACCUUAGCCUGGUACGAAGAUAAUUACUUCAUUAUCCCCAUGGGAACAUUUUGGUACUGGUGAACUGUUAGGUCAGAGACUCUCAGGAAGUUGAGUUUGGAUCUCAUGAAGACUCAAUGGUGAAUGUGUGAGUGAUACUUUUUUGGGUAGAGCAGGUUAAUAGCCUGUACUUGUGCAAUGAAAUGGACCAAUGUCUGAAGAGUGGUUUCUGUAGCUGCCUUAGUUUGCCAUCUCUCAACAAUGCUGCGCCUCAUUGGUUGUAAGAGAUGCGUUACUCAGUAACUCUGUGUUUCAUUGGUUAACAGUGGAAUCAGCGACAUCUUGUGGCAUGCUCUGUAGAUACAUUAUAUAUUAGCAUGUUUUACAGUUUGUUUAUUCAUCUCUUAAAAAUAAAGGUGCAAGUUGGAACCAAAUCAGAUUCUUGAGAGCGAUGCCAUAGGGAAACCAUUUUAGGGACUCUGAAGAAAGGUAAAUAGGAUGGUUCUUUGAAGAACCAUACCAAAAUCCAAAACCAGUGUAGGGUUUUAAGCGUUGGUGUAGGGUUUUAAGCCUUAUUUGCAUAUUUCCCAGGAUGCCUUUCAAGUUAAUAUUAGAGUUACCGUACCACCCAUGACUGUGUUUGCUAGUGACAGAGACAUGGUUGUUGCAUUCAUUAAUUCAUAUGUUGUCAUUAAAAUAUUAUUAUCUAAAACAAUACAAUACAUAUUUCAUAAGGCCUUUUUUGAGUACCUAGUUGUGGUCUGAAAUGCAUAGGUUACAGGCCACAUUAUGCUGGCUUGCUAAGUGAUGUGUAAUUCCUAUUGGAAUCCAGACAGACUGGGGUUAUUCAACGUUUGGAAUUUUUAUUCACCCGCAACCUGCAUUCAAAAUGACUGCCAGGGUUGGGAAGACUAAAAUAUGAGUCUACCUUAAAUAUCUAAACUGGAACAACCAUUUCAGUAACGGGUGCAAUAAGUCCAAAUAACAGAUUAGAAUUGUUUACAAAAAUGUAUGUUAUUUAUAUUUGAGUAGCAUAACAUUUAUUAAUCAAUCAAUGUGCAUGCAAAAACAUAGAAC